CCAAUUAAAUAAGUAUAUAUAUAUUACUUUCAACUUAUAUACUACUUACAUUAUGCAAAGUAAUAUAAAGAAAAAAUUGUAAGUGACCCCUACCCCUACCAUUGUUUUAUUAUAUAGUAAAACAGUAUAUCCAUGAAAGAAACUACACCUUUACUUACUUUAUGGGGAGCAUGCAUGUCCAUGUGACUAGUGUGAAGACAUUGUAUCAGAUAACCAUCGAGUGGUUUAUUAUAGAAACAGUUAAACUCUUGUUUCUUCUGAUGCAUGUUUUUUGGAAUCCUUGACUUUGUGCUUAGUUCUUAACACUUCCUUGAGUAAUAUGCAGUCAAAACUCGAGAUCUUGAAUAUGGUGUUUGAGCACAUUCUGUAAAUGCAUAGCUUUGAGAAUGAGAUCAUUUCAGAAACUAGCGUGUUUACAAUGGACUACUCACUCAGCACCAGUGACAAGAAAACAUUAAAAAGAUUAGGAUUCCAUUCCAGUGUUUUCCCGCUUUUAAUUCCAAAGAAGAAGCCUGGGAAAUUAGUUGAUGAUGUUCGAUCCAACGGUUGGCUUGAGGCCAUGCGAUCGUCUUCACCUCCUUGUAAAAGGAUGGUGAAAGAUGUUGAAGAUGAGCUUGCUUCCGAUGAGAAUGAUCUUAUUUAUUAUUCUUGGAAGCUCAAGUAUCCAUCGGCCCUCAAAUCUUUUGAUCAUAUUAUAAAUCGUGCAAAUAACAAAAAGAUAGUAGUCUUCUUAGAUUAUGAUGGGACACUCUCCCCAAUUGUAGAUGAUCCCAAUCGUGCUUUUAUGUCAAUCGAUAUGCGUGCUGCUUUAAAGAGCAUUGCAAAGUACUUUCCAACAGCGAUUAUUAGUGGAAGAAGCCGCAAUAAGGUUUAUGAGUUAGUAGGACUAACAGAACUCUUUUAUGCUGGUAGUCAUGGUAUGGACAUCAUGUUCCCAAUGUCUAUCAACCAUACAAACUAUAUUCGAUCUACUGACAAACAGGACAAGGAAGUAAAUUUAUUCCAGCCUGCUAGAGAGUUUAUACCAAUGAUCAAUGAGGUUUUUAGGACCCUUGUUAACGUGACAAAGGAUAUCCGAGGGGCAUUUGUGGAAAAUCACAAAUUUUGUACUUCUGUACAUUACCGUAAUGUAGAUGAGAUGAGUUGGGCGAUGAUUGCACAACGUGUGCAUGAUGUCUUGAAAGAUUAUCCUCGUUUGAGAUUAACUCAUGGUCGGAAGGUUUUAGAGGUCCGUCCCAUUAUUGAUUGGGACAAAGGGAAAGCAGUCGAGUUUCUACUUCAAUCACUUGGGCUAAGCAAUAGUGACGAAGUGCUUGCAAUUUAUAUUGGAGACGAUAGAACAGAUGAAGAUGCAUUUAAGGUUUUAAGAGAAGGAAAACGUGGUUACGGGAUUUUGGUAUCUUCGGUACCCAAAGAAAGCAAAGCUUUUUUGUCACUUCGUGACACUUUGGAAGUCAAAGACUUCCUUAAAUCGCUAGUAUCAUGGAAGGAACAAAAUUAUGGUAAUGAUAAAUGAUCAAACGAGGUUUUCAAUUUUGAAGUUGAAAUAGUUUGAUAACAAUAAAAAGAUAUUUUAUUUGAUUAUUGGUUCAUAUUUUAUAUGGUAUUGAUUGUUUUGUAUGUAUCCUAA